AUGUUGAAUCUCAACUUGAAUUCACUUCCAAUUUCAGGAUUUCUCAUUGGCUUUAAUAUUUGGCUAAUGGCAUAUAUGAACGAUACCAAAGCAAAUUUAGGUCUCGUAGCCGAUACUACUAACCAAUGGCAGAAUAGUAAUAUGGCUGCAGGUGCAGGUGCAAAUGCAAAUCCAAGGGUAGAUAUGAUGCCUUUUGUGGGGUCCGAUACAUUAGCCGAGCUAGUUUGGUCUCCACAAACAGGUUUAAGCAUCAAAUUUGUCGAGAAGAAACCGUGUUUUAUGUUGGACGUUGGCACAAGCGAUAUUAGUGGAUCACAACACCAAAGAGCAUCCGAACAAUUUUCUAACCAGGUAUCUGAAGAGGAAAUGGCUAGCCGUGUUGAUGAGUCAGAUUCAGAUAUUAAAUCAGCUUUAAAAAUUGAACCUUUGACUAAGUGUGAGCCUCAAGAACAUGUUGAAAAGGGUAAUGUUACAAUUGAAAAAGAUGGUUGCUUUAACGACCCUUUUCUUGAAAAUACACAACAUGAGAAACACAUGGUUGAUAGCCAUGGAAGCAUGGAAAGUUGCAAAAGUGGUAAUUUGCUGACUAAAAGGAAGAGGAGAGUGAGCUUUGAACAACAAUUGGUUCUUGGAACUAGAAGAAUAAAGAAACAACGCAAGGUUGACAAUGAUGUUUCUUUCAUGAAUUGGAUAUCAAAUAUGUUGAAAGGUUUAAAAUCCCACGAAAAUCAAAGUGUUUAUGACAAAACUCCGAGUUUGGAGAGCCGAAAAAUGGGAUUUCAAAGUGUUUUUCUCUCUCUUGGUCUACCACAUGAACCAAUAACACAAGCUGACAAAUGUAGUCAUGAAUCUCUCGAUUUAAUAAAUAUAAAAAAGAAAGAGGUCAAGGGUGUUGUGAAACGCAUAAGUUUGUACGAAAGAGUAACUAAAGAAGCACCAAAAGAUAUCUUUGACACAAUAAGGAGGCUUAGGUUAUCACGUACAGAUAUCCUCAAGUGGACGAAUUCUGGAUUGCCGUUUGCACAUUUAGAUGGGUAUUUUCUACGUUUACGGGUUGCCAAAUGGGCAGAGGGAGCAGGGGGAUCAAGGUACUAUGUUGCAUGCAUAACAGGGUUACAAGGAGAAAACCCAUGGAGAGGUCUAAAGCAACCUAUUCCUGUCAAAGUUGGAGGUGUUGAAUGCUUGGUAGAAAGUCAAUAUGUCUCUAAUUGUGAUUUUCUUGAGGAUGAACUUGUAACAUGGUGGCAAAAAGCGUCGACAAAUAAAGGAACUCGAUUUGUGAAAGAUUUGAACUCAAAGUUAGCUGAGAGGAAAACAUUGGAUGCGAAUGAACAAACCACACAUCAGGAGCAAAGCAAAGCAUUAACAACCCCAAUAGCUGAUCGUAGAUGCGAACUCAAUUUUGACCCGAACGAACUGAACACCACGUUAAUCGAUUUUGCAUUCUCCCUACACAUAUCGAAAUCAACUUCGUUCGUCCCAAUACAAGCAUCUUUUCAAGCAAAUCUAAAGCUCCUAGGGAUUUCGCAUUCACCAGUUGGUAAAGGGUUAAUCUUGUGAUUAUAAGAGGCAACAAUAAACUGAUUUCUUAAAUAAAGUCUGCAACAAUAAUACAUGUUCUUGGUCAUUCACUCAUGCUGGGAAAAAGGAAAAAACAUAAUUUUGGAUGCAAAAACGGAUUACCCAGCAACCUGUAGUGCUAUGGAAACUCUUCUUGUUCAUAAAGAGUUGCUGCAAAAUCGUGAUGUUAAUAAACUUCUCAUUGAACUUCAAAGUAAAGAAUAGGGAUACACAAAAGAAGUUAAGGUAGUUGAAGAUCGGUCUGAGUGGGACUGAUUACAAUGUUGAGAAAAAGAAGAAAACCAAGAAAGUUAUUGAGAAGUACUGGAAGUGGGAUCUCACUAACAACACACAACAUAUAUAGCUUAGGAAUCCUAAAGAAGUUACAACAUAGGAAUAUCAUGAUAUCUACAAGAAGACGAUUAAUGAAUACCUAGAAUCUAAGACUAUAUGGCAAAUGUGUCUUCAAUUCAUAUGAUUUUGAUGGAAAAUUGCUUCCAUGGUACCUAAGUUUUGUGACAGGUGUUGUUGACUCCAAUGAUCUUCCCUUUUAAUGUAUCACAUGAAAUCCUCCAAGAAAGUGAUUUUACAUUUUGGCUGAGUACUUAUGGCUAUUUGUGUGUUCGUAAUGGUUUAAAUCUGAAGUGUGUGACUUUAUUUUUAAUUAAUAUUUAGUUUUGAUGGUUUGGUAACCUUGUAGAAGAAUUUUUAUGAUGUAAUAUAUCUAUAAAAAUCAAUGUAACUAUUAAAUUUAUAUUUUUAUAUAUUUUUUAUGAAAAUUAUAAUUGAAUAUUUAAUUUUAUUGAAUA